AUGGCCCCAAAGAAGGGCAAGGCAGCGACGAAGACGAAGGAAGGCAAAGAUCUGCUUUGGGUGCAGAAGCAGCUGGAGAAAAUCUCGGCUCAGCUCUCUGCCGGCCCUCCGUGGCUUUCAGAGCCACACUCUUGGCACCAGGAGCAGCUGCGAGAGCUUCAAGCUCGUCUGGAGGAAGGUGGGCUUCAGAGCCUUUCCAGCGAGCUGCGGGAAGGCGUCGAGUUCUACCUUUCUCAGUUCGAGGACGGACAGUCGGUCUCAGAGGAGGAGUUCUACCUAGACCAGGAGCUCUAUUGUGAGCUGCAGCCGAAAGCCCCAGAGCCCGAUCAGCCCUACAGCAGGGCAUCGGCAUCAGAGGCAGAGCUGAAGCUUUGCGAAGAGCUGAAAAGUUGGAUGGACACCACUCCCCAUGGUCUGAGCAAGCUCCAGAAGCUACUGGAGAAGCACAGCCACUGUGCAGAAGUCCAGGAAGUCGGUCUGACUCGCUUGGGUGGACUGCUGGCUGAG